CGCGAACGAUCCUGGUCAGCUUUACAUCUGGCACUGGAACGGUGGUCACCUGACGCCGAUUACGCGCUGGGCGAGCGCAAUGUGUGCCUUCUUCGACUGGCAUCCGUGGCGUGAGGAUGAGAUUGUUAUCGCCGACAGCGAACCGAUCAUGAUCGCACUGUACCACGUUCCGAGCCGCCAGGUGGUGUCGUACUAUCGACGCCAGGACAGCGAUUGUAUCGUGACGACGCUUUCGUUCAAUAAGAUUUCCGGCGAGCUGGUCGUGUGCUACUCCUUCACGGAUGCAAACAAACCGCCUGAAAUACUGGUGCUGGCCUCGAUGGACCGUGUGGUGGAUGUGAUGCACAAUCACGAUGACGUCAUCGUACAUCUGCUGUGGAGUCCGGAUGGAAAACAGCUUGCGAGUGUAGGAUAUGAUGAAACGCUCACGAUUUGGAACUUCUUCGGCAUCUCACCAACGAACAAGUGCGAAAGGAAGAAACUGCAACGUGAAUCGUCGGCCAGUAGCAGUAGGCCACGGGAUGGUGAGUCCGUCGUCGGUGGGCUAUUGGGUGGACGGGAUGCAUCGCGCAUCCAGUGCAACCGUAACAAAGAAGCCACCUAUCGCGAUCUGGCCUCGAGUUUUCUUCAAGGCAAUGCGCUGAGACGUCCAGCGAGCGCGAUUCGUUGGGCGCGGAUCGUAUCGCUGAUGAAGGAUCAGCAACAGGUACAACAUCGCGCUCACCACAAGACCACGGACAUUCAGGCGGCACUUGGCGGAGUACAGCACACUUGA